CCACGGGUUCAAAUCGGACACGUCCCCGAUGAGGCGUGAGGAGGAGGAAGAUGACCUGCUGGAGGAAGAAGAGGAGGAAGAGGUGGGCGUGGCCAGGCCGGUGCAGAUCGUGGUGGCGGAUGAGGAGGAGCACUCGUUCUCUCUGCAGGAGGAGGCUCUGGAGCGACUGCUGCUUCAGGAGGAGGUGCAGGACCUCCACGUGGUCGUCGUCUCGGUGGCCGGAGCUUUCCGCAAGGGCAAGUCCUUCCUGCUGGACUUCAUGCUGCGCUUCAUGUACAAACAGUCGGACUCUUGGGUGGGCGGCGAGGAGGAACCUCUGACCGGCUUCACCUGGCGAGGCGGUUGCGAGAGGGAGACCACGGGCAUCCUGGCCUGGAGCGAGGUGUUCGUGGUGGAGAAACCAGACGGCUGCAAGGUUGCAGUUCUUUUAAUCGACACACAGGGGGCGUUUGACAGCCAGUCCACCAUCAAAGACUGUGCCACGCUGUUCGCCCUGAGCACCAUGACCAGCUCCGUUCAGGUGUACAACCUGUCCCAGAAUGUCCAGGAAGACGACCUCCAGCACCUCCAGCUCUUCACGGAGUACGGACGGCUGGCCAUGGAGGAAGUCUACGAGAAGCCCUUUCAGACGCUGAUGUUCCUGAUCAGAGACUGGAGUUACCCUUACGAACAUCCGUACGGUCUGGAGGGAGGACAGAGCUUCCUGGAGAAGCGACUGCAGGUGAAGCAGAACCAACACGAGGAGCUGCAGAACGUCAGGAAACACAUCCACUCCUGCUUCUCCAACAUCAGCUGCUUCCUGCUGCCUCACCCUGGCCUCAGGGUGGCCACCAACCCCCACUUUGACGGGCGACUCAGCGAUAUCGAUGAGGAGUUUAAGAAGGAGCUGGUGAACCUUGUUCCAACACUGCUCUCUCCAGAAAACCUGGUGGAAAAAGAGAUCGGAGGAGUUAAAAUCACCUGCAGAGACCUGCUGCAGUAUUUCAAAGCUUACAUGAAGAUCUACCAGGGAGAGGAGCUUCCUCACCCCAAGUCCAUGCUGCAGGCAACAGCUGAAGCUAAUAACCUUGCGGCUGUAGCAGGAGCCAAAGACUUGUACAACAAAAGUAUGGAGCAGGUCUGUGGCGGAGACAAACCCUACAUUUCUCCAGCAGAGCUGGAGCGCCGUCACAUGGAGCUGCGGCAGGCAUCAGUGCGGCACUUCCGCUCCGUUAAGAAGAUGGGUGGCGACGAUUUCUGCCGGCGCUACCAGGAGCAGCUGGAGGCGGAGCUCGACGAGGCCUACACCAACUUCAGCAAGCACAACGAUGGCAAGAACAUCUUCUACGCCGCGCGGACGCCCGCCACACUGUUUGCCGUCAUGUUUGUCAUGUACGUGGUGUCACUGGUCACGGGCUUCGUGGGCAUCAACUCUGUGGCCACGCUGUGUAACCUGGUGAUGGGCGUGGCUCUGACAGCGCUCUGCGUCUGGGCUUACGUCAAAUACUCUGGAGAGUUCCGUGAGGUCGGAGGAAUCAUAGACCAGGUGGCUGAAACCCUCUGGGAACAGGUUUUCUCCAAACUCUUCGAAGUGGCCCGGAGUCGAGUACCUUUGGGAAGCCUGAUCCCAGCGCCACGGCCCCGGCUCGCCUCAAACAACAACGUCAAGAAGAAAAACUAGCAACACGCCAUCUUGUUCCCGUCACGUUUAUCCCCCCUCUCCCUCACUCUCUGCUCGGUUUUGAAACAACGUCUUUUUAGGGCGGUUUGAGACGUGUAAAUGAGUUUUUGUUCCCUGACUGUAGAUGAAGGUUCCUCGCCGUGCCGGCUGUAGGUUUAAGGACUCGCCAUAGACCCGGACGAAGCAGUGUGGUGUAUUUUAUUAUUUGUCAGUGGGCGGGGUUAAGGUAUUUAUUGGUGGGAGGGGCCAUUAUUCUAUCACCGAGGUUCAUCCCAGGUGUGUGUUUGCCUGUUGGAUGAAGACAACUCGACAUUCCCAUUUAUGUGAAUGUAUGAAUGAAGAGCAUGACCACAGACCCUCCUCUUGGUUCCCCUCUCCUCCCUCCUGUCGUCUCCGUCAGGUUGGUUUCUUUUGCUGGGCGGCGUCACGAGGAGGAGUCACAACCAAAGUUUACAGCUUUACUUAUAGAAGCUCUCAGACUGAGCGGACUGACAAACUGCAGCUGACGUUUCUAGGACUUCAACAACAGUUUGGUUUUUGGGAAAUUUUACAGAAUAUCUUACUCAGAAUCACAAACUCAUGGAUGUUUCUACAUUUCUGUGCAGGAAAAGUGUGUGUUGGAACAGUCAGACUGAUCGAGUUUAGCUUCAUGUCUUAAUGAAACUGAGGAGACUCCACUUGAGUUGACAAACACGCCUCCAGCUGUGAGGCUGUCGGAAACUCUGAACUUUUAUAUCCAUUGAAAUGACCUCUAGUCUGUCAGUGAGAUCAGAAGAACAACAAAAAUACUUGUCCAUUGAGUUUAGUUUUGACCAAAUGCCUGCGGUAAAUGUUCACUUGUGCCUUGUUUUCACUACAUGGUUUGACUCCUUUUACCUUUGGCACCAUCUCCUUUUCGCUGCAGAAAUGACCUCCUCAGUGUGGGCAGGACUCUCAGCUGAUUGCCAUAGUGACACCACGUGAAACUUCUGUGACAUCACCUUUAACGCCACACUCAGCCAAAACAGAAGAACGUCUGCACCUCGUCAAGGUGCCUUAAGACAAAUUCUUCAAAUUUGGCACAAACGUCCUGUUGGACUCAAAUGGACUGAUUAGAUUUUGGUGGUCAAAGGUCAUGUCGCUGUGACCAUGAGUCUGUCUCAUUCUUGUGAACGUGAUAUCUCAAAAGGCCUUCAGGGAACAUCCUCAGAUUUGGCACAAACAUCCGAUUGGACUCGAGAAUGAACUGAUUAGAUUUUGGUCCUCAAAGAUCAAGGUCAUUGUGGCCUGGUGUGUCUUUGCCUUGUGAGUGCAGCAUCUCAACAACAAUUUGACAAAUGUCCAUUCAGACUCAGCGAUUAACUGAUCCAGAAUUUUGUGGUCAAAGGUCACUGUGACCUUGCUUCUGUCUCAUUCUCGUGAGCGUGAUAUGAGAAGGCGUUAAGGAAAUUUCUACAAAUUUGGCACAAAUGUCCACUUCGACUCAAGGAUGGACACAUUACAAUUUGGUAUGUGAAGGUCAAAAAUCCAUAUGCUAAUUUGACAAAGUUUCACACAAUAGUCCGACAGGAUAAAAUGAUGACGUGAUGACAUUUUAUAUCAAAAGCUCAAAGGUCAACAACUGGUCUGAACGUGCUGUCAUCACUUGACCUCACUACAGGACUCAGGUCAUGUGGCAAACAGCCUAAACCUCACUGAGUAAUUAUUAGUUCAGUAUGUUAGCUUAGCAUUGCUCAUUUUCAUCAGUGGUUUUCUCAAACAUGGCAUUUUUAAAUAGUUUUUUUACGUGGCUGUGGGAGCAGAUAACAGGAAGUGUCUCCGUGCGACUUAAUGUUUUAAAUUUUGAAUACGAAAAUGAUUGCGUGUAGUUAAAUCAGAGUCCACAAGAGUUGAACGUUGUUGGCAGGUGCUUCAAGCUCUUGUGAAUUUGCAAAAACAUUCUUAGAAUUUUAAAACCUGCUUCAUAUACAAACAGUUUUUUCACUCUGCGUUUUUGCAAACAUUAGAAAACAAAACAUGAUUCUAGCCUGCACGUGGCUGACAAACCACAGGGGCAGUUUCCCACAGGCAGAGCUAAACUCUGCUCAAAUCAGCGCUCAACGCUUUCUAUCAAUUCACUUAUUUCAAAUAAAUAUACAGGAUUUAGACACUUACUGAAGUUCUCUACAUGCUUGACUCUGCGUACAGUCUCUGUUCCAAACUAGACGUCCAUGAGUUUGUCCGACUCUGUUAAAGUAGAGCUGUAAGUAAAAUAAGCUAAAUUUCCCAUAAAACCAGCUGACCCUACAAGUAGCCAGCUCAAUUACUUGAUCAUGUCAUCUUUAUUGAUUUGUUUGUUAUUUUCAGAUCAGAAAUGGCAUCAUGAUUUUCAGUAUUAACCUCUUUUUGUGUUUUUAAUUUACUUUAAAGGUUCGCAGUUCAGAUGGAUCUCAUGUCUGGAGUCAGGAACUGUUUAUUCACGAACAGUCUAUCCUUCUGUCACAGCCCCGGCUCUGUACUUAAAGGGACAGUUUGGAUUUUUUGGUGUGGGGUUGUAUGAGGUUCUUAUCCACAGUUAGUGUAUUACAAACAGUAGAUAGCAGCUGGCACGCCCCCAGUUUGGAGAAGCAGCUAGAGUCCCCAUUAAAGCUAAGUAACGCACUGCUGUGGACGGGGUCAGCAGCAAAACUUAUUUUAGACACCAUAAAAAAAACUUAAUAUCAGAUGAAGUGUAUGAAAUAUUAGGAAUAUUUUCACUGCUUUACUUUACUGUCAGCACUGAAAAUAAUAAUACAGCUAGUUGGUUAGCCACCUAGUUCACCUCGCUGUUUAGGGUAAGUGCGGGACAGGGAUUUAGCAUUAGCUAGUUAGCAUGAGUAAUCAAGAAUUAAUGGGUAAGAGUUGGUCUAUCAUCAGUGUUAUGUACUGUAUUUUUUUUCUUUUAUGAAUAGGCCAAUUUAUCUUUGCUAAAAAAAAAUGUUAGAUUAAUUUUAUUGUGUGUUUUGGAAAAGAAUUUGGAAAAAUUUUGAAAAAAGAAAAAAAAAACACAACCUUAAAUUAGAACUUUAAUUCAAGUCCCAAACAAUAAUUUAGCAGUCCCUCGUGCAGUAACUCUGAGGGUCUCUUAGGGUCACCGACCUCCUGUUGAAGACCCAGGAUUGACUGCUUUGCUGUCAGACAGCCCUUUCUGACAGGGAGCUGAAGCUGUUUAAUCAGUCUAUGUGCUCUCCGAAGCCAGACUCCAUUAACAAAGACAGUAAUUUUAGCUUGCACGACACAGGAGCUCAAUCAGUGUGUUUCUUUGGUUAAUUGUGCGACUCUGGUGAAUCCCAAGUAACCCUUUAAAACACCGAAGUCAUACAAUAAUAGAAAGAGACUAACUAAUCGAGGCAGCGUCGACUAGUAGCUCCUGUUUUUGUCAAUAGAGUCUGGCUUUAAAAAAGAGAGAUAGCAGCCUCCUGUUGGAAAGGGCUGUGGGACAACAGGGUGAAGCAGUAGAAAUAUCCUAAACACAGUGUACUCUCAAACUGAUACUGAUUUUUGUAGGUGGCUAAAAGAUGUUUUGUUGCUGCCCUCAUACAAACCCGCCUCAAAAAAAUCUGAGCUAUCCCUUUAACUUACAAACAUGAGAUUGGUAUCGAUAGCCAACAGAGAAACUAAACACUUUGUACUAUUCCUUAAGUCUUUAAUAAUGUCUGGAUUAUUAUUUUUGGGAUGUCUCAUUCAACCUGGCAGGUCAUGAUGAUGAUCCUCAGUCCUCUGCCAGCGUUCACAGGAUAAAGCCUUUAAAUUAGUUCCUCCAGUCCAGUUCAGCUGAGACCUUGUAGAUAAUAUUUAAUUCUGUUAUUUAACUCGAGUGUUAUUCCCUCUCCGUCAUUCCAUCUUCAUCUCCACACCUCUGAAGGACUGAACCAACGCCUCUUGUUUUUAAAGCACCAGAAGCUGUUUAGUUAAAACACUAAAAAUCACGUCACCACCGACAUAUAACAUGAGCACUUUGUUAAGAUGGUGUCAGUGUUUCCGUUUUUAAAGCCAAAAUCCGUGAAUCGGAUGACUGAUAGGGUCAUUCCAAACAUCGACCUCAUCACAUCGUUGUUUUCCUGAAUCCUGUAUUCUCCAUUUAAUCAUCAUUCCAUCCACAAACAUCACCGCUGUGUGCUUUUUGUUUUUGUACAGUUUAGUUUUUUACAUCCACACAUAGGGCAUGUGUAUGAAAUAUAUACAUAUAUAAAUAUAAAUUUUCUAGACCUUUUUGUAGCUGGAAGAACAACGGUUUGGGUGGUAGACCAGAUUCAGCUCACUGGAUGUAAAGGAAUGCUUUCGUGAUUUGUGGAUAUGUCUAAUAAAUUCCUUUUUAUAUAUAUAUUUGUAAAUUUAAUCUUACAUGAGCACUGCGAUUCCACCCCCUGCUGGCAAAGAAUGUUUAUAAUCUGGAUUUUUUUUUUCGUCUUCUGUUGCAUUUUAAAGUUAUUUUCGUUAAUUUAUUUUUCAAUACAAUAUUAAACCAAACUCCUACAACACAAA